GAGAACGUCCCAAUAUGUGACGAAUUUAAUUUUGCAAUAUUUUAUUUUACACACUGUAAAAUAUUGUUUCGAAUAUAAGUUGAGAUAUAAAAAUCCAAAUCGACAAAAUUAAAUUUCUUUUCAAUAUUGUUUUUUUUUUUAAUGAAUCGUAAAACCUGAACGUGUAUUGUUUUCGUUUGUAUUGUUCAAACAAAUGUGAUACUGAACAGCUAUUGAACAUUGCACGAAGGUUAACAACAUUAUUAUGACAACCAAUUCGUUCUCGGUAUCCAAAUUGGUCUUUAUAAUAGCAUGUUCACAAGAACUCUUUGCGGUUAGACUUCACAAUUUGUUUCAGUUUAUCGACGGCUUUCGUUCCGAGCAUAAUCUACAAGGGUUCCUACACGUCGGAAACGAUUAUGCUGUAUUCUUAAAAAAACCGGAGCCACACGAUAAAUAUCUCGUUUACGAACUAUAUGAAGUGAAAAACGUAGAGGAACUUAGAAAUUAUCAACCGAGAUUACUUGCCAUAUCUAAAGUACCAGUUGAGUACAUAAAAAAUCAACUUAAAACCUUCAGAGAGGAACUUUAUAAAGCCAAAUAUGAAGGUGGCAGUGUGAUACCCGGAACCCAAGUUCAGACUCUCCGGGAAUGGCAGAUAGAAAGAGCUAUCAAUUUUGACAAUACGAAAAUCUUAAAAAACGAAAUGCCUAUUUUGCGAACGAUUUUGCGAUAAACGCAUGAGAUU